UCUUAAAAUAUUACUAAAAAUCUACUGCUUGUAACCUAAGUAAAUUGAGCGGGAAACCAGUGAGUACAUUUUUCUCAUUCCACUUUUUAUUUUGUAAAAAAUUUGACCAUGAAGUUAAAUUCGUGCAAUUGGAGAGGGUGUGAAAGUACAUUAAGAACAGACCAAGUUGAUUUAUUUAUGAGAAUGAUAAGAAUAAUCAAUUUUGUAAAAAAGCAAACUAUGUGUUCAAAAGUAUUGUUGUAUGGAGUAAUCAGAAGGCAGCAGUUGUUGCUAAGGUGUUUGGGAGGUUAUUCUGGAAAAGCCGAAGAACCUUUAUAUCAGGCUAAUAUUAGAAUGCAGUCUGCAGUGAGUAGUGGCUCUAGCUUGAAGGCCGAUUCUGUGAGCGUUUUAAGAUCAAUAACCCCAAAUCUCGUCUACACGAAGCACAAAGGCCAAGCUGGCAAGAUAGCUGUUGUAGGUGGAUGUCGCGAAUACACUGGGGCACCAUACUUUGCUGCUAUUUCUGCAUUGAAGAUUGGGGCAGAUCUGUCUCAUGUAUUUUGCACAAAAGAUGCUGGUUCAGUCAUAAAAAGCUAUAGUCCAGAGUUAAUUGUACAUCCAGUUCUGGAAGAGUCUUACUGCAUUAGGGAUGAGGAUAGAAGCUCAGUAUCAGCCAAAGUGAUGGCAGAGGUUGAUAAAUGGAUGGAUCGAUUUGAUUGUCUAGUCGUUGGUCCAGGUCUUGGCAGGGAUCCAUUUCUCCUGGAGUGUGUGAGUAACAUCAUACGUCAUGCGCGGAAGUGCAAUUUGCCGAUGGUUAUAGAUGGGGAUGGGCUCUUUCUUGUUACGCAUUGUCUUGAUCUGGUUAGAGGUUAUCCUCUGGCUGUCCUGACACCAAAUCUAAAUGAGUAUAAACGACUUGUGCAAGCUGUACUAACUUCUGAAGUUGAUGAAGAAGAUGAAGCUGAACAGUUAAAGGCCCUGGUUAAGGGGAUUGGUGGAGUGACAGUAUUGCGGAAAGGGGAAACUGAUUUAAUUUGUGAUGGCAAAACAGUUAAUUCAGUGAGCACUUACGGUUCUCCUCGCCGCUGUGGUGGCCAGGGUGAUAUACUGUCAGGAAGUGUUGCGGUAUUUCUUUGUUGGGCGCGACAGUGCGCUGAUCUAGGAGAAUUGUACCCAACAAAUCCCACAGUACUGGGAUGUAUUGCCGGGUCGACUCUGCUGAGGAAGGCUGCAGCUCUUGCAUUCGAGAACAAGGGGAGAUCCACGCUUACCGGGGAUAUCAUCGAGUACCUUGGGAGAAGCCUGGAAGAGUUGUGCCCACACUGCUGAGAGACCCACCUUAUGUACCCUGCUGCCUUCAAAACCGGUUAGCUAAAUACGGAGCAUGGAUAACUGUGACUGACUGUCUGUUGUACAAUGAAUAAAAGGACCCCCUUUCUUUUGUUUUACAGUAAAUAAAAGGACCCUCUUUCUUUGUUUUUUAAUCAUUGCAACCACCAAAUGCCCCGAAACCGUGCUAGGGUAACCCCAAAAGGGUGACCCUACACCACUUCGUACAGACCACAAAGACUUUUAUUGUUUGCUCCUCACAGAAAAUAAAGGUAGGUCUAUGUGAUCAGUGCGAAGCAUGUAGUCUUCCUUGAGUGUCGUUCUCCGACACAUGUUGGACACUAGUAUAUCAUGGGUGGGUAGAUGUCCUUGCAUGGUAGAGGUGGACGUGACAAAAAAAAGGCUCCCGGCAUGAAACAUCAUUGCACAGUCAGUUUAUUCUGUGUUUGCCUUCGUGUCAAAAAAUGGUGUCACAGGGUAAAAAUAAAGCUUGGUGUACACU